ACAAGAUCGGCCUAUAACCAGCUGGACUGGACGGCCUCGCGAGUUUUCGUCGUAAGGCCGGGAGUUGUGGGGGUCACCACGGGGGCGGGGGUGGGUUUGCCCCUGCUUCUUCUGGUCGUCGGUGUUCUUGGUAAUCAAGCGUGCACGACGACGGCUGCGCCGGUGGUUUCCGAUCCGCACGUGUCCCUCGACGCUACGCCUCCUCGUCUUCUGCCUCGAUCAACGGACCGUUCAUCGUCGUCGUCGUCAUCAUCAUCAAUAUUGUCAUCAUCGUCGUUCCCGUCUUCCUUUCGAAGAGCCAUUUACAAGGGUCGAUUUUCCAAUCACCAUCCGGAGAACCCAAGCUACGAGAGCGCCUCGAAGGGAGAACUGGAUUAUCACGAGGUAUCGUUGCUACCGGGCGAACGAGAAGACCCGAACGGUCUCGACGGGGAUCGGUUGCUCUCUGCCUGGGAACGAACGAGAAUCGAUACCAUCGGAAGGAAGGAUCCUUCUUCCCCUGUAGUAGCAGGCGGAAGAGGAGGCGAAAGAAGUGAAGCAGGCGGAAAAGGAGGAAGAGGAGGAGGAGGUCUGGCUCACGAGAGGACCAAGUCGAGACGGCGACAGGUCGCCGCAGUGAGCCUGCUCGAUGAUCGAGGAUCAUCCUCUUUAAGCCCCGUCGAACCAUACCAAUUGGCUACGAGAUUUUUUCGUCCUCGUAACACGGAACCAUCUUCGAUCCAUAUCGACGGAGUAGAACCAGAAAUUCGUCGAGGCGGUAUUAUCUUUACCGCGAGCGAAACAACUGGCAGUGACUCAACGUUAUCAUCGUUGGCUUUCGAGGACGCUGUCGUUGAUACCUUAUCGAACGAAAAUCGUUCGACGACCACGGGAACAACAACAACAACGACAACGACGACGACGACGACGACGACAACGACGACGACGACGACGACGACGACAACGACGACGACGAAGACGACGACGUUAACAAGAAGAACAGCAAAAACGGCGACUACGGUAACCACGGUACUACCAGUCCCUUGGACUAACGCGUCGUUUCGUUUGGUUCAUCGAACUGUGCCUAGAUUAUCGGACGACGAAAGUGUACAUUCGGGUAAAUCAGCCGGUAGACGCAACAGGAAGGCUAAAGACGAAGAAAAAGUGGUAGAGGUAGAUAUCUCGUCUCGUAAAGACGACAGGUUCGCGUUCGCGGGGGACCGUAGUAGUGGUGAGGUCAAAGGUGGUGGUGGUGGUGUCGUCGAGUGGACCACAACAGUCGCCAGGCCGAUGUCAGCGUGGUCGUAUCCUGAAGAUGAGGAGCCGGGAGCUGGAAACGUAAGGACACGCUCGAGGCCGAAAGAGGCGGCGAGCGAGGACAAGGAGGCCGAGAGUGGCGAAGAACAGGUCAAGGUCACGGUAACAGAAGCCAAAGGCUCAUCGUCUACGUCGACUACGGCAAGGACCACGAACACGUCGCCGACGACCACACAGUUACCACCACCGAGUCAAGAUACCUCUAUGGAAGCACUGAACGCGAGUAGCUACAUAGUGUCAGUGGUGCUCGUCCUGGUAGUCGGGGCACUGGUGGGUGUCCUGGCGACGGUAUCUCAUCAUCUUCAUCAUCGUCGACUGCUACUGCACGAGCCAGCCUCCGCCUCGAUCUUGCAUCACCAUCGGCAACAUCAUCACCGACAUCACCAUCAUCAUCGUGAGGAACUCCCAGCGUCGCAUCAACGACGUCUCCUGCUGCAGGACCACCACCGUCACCCUGGCACACCGAUGCUGUCGGUGAGCCCAGGAAUGAACGUAGGCAACAGCGGUCAUGGUGGCCUCGGCGAUGGACUAGAGGGUGAGCCAAACUGUGGUGGUGACGUGAUGGGCGGAGGUGGCGGCGGCGGCGAAGGAGCCACUGACGGGAUACAGGAAGCGAUGGUCGCCGCAGCGAGAGACCGGGCGAUCCGAUCUGGAAGUGUCCGGCAGGACCUCGCCCUCGAUCUACCCCCGCGGCUGCAACUUCCAGACGGCGAGGAACGUCCUUACGGAGCACAUACCGCCCUUCACCUGCGCGACCCGGAGCAGGAGAGCGAGAUUUACCAGAAGUGUGUGCGACCACCACCAAACCGGACGGUGUUCGACAGCGAGAGCCCUCCGCCUUAUCGAAGCCAGUCCGCGUUGCUGGACGCGCCGGAUCGUAUAGUUCGGUGCCACAGCGCCGGCAGUUCCUUGUUGAGGGUGUUCCGGAAGUUCCCUAGUCCUGGGAGCUCAACGCCUGCCGUAGUGGUGCCGCCGCCGCCCAGACGACCUACCUUGUCCAGUUAUUCCGAAUCUAGUAGCAACUUGAGCAACCUGUCCAGCCUAACGAUGGUUCCCUGCGAGACCGACGAGAGUCAGCAACAAGAACAACAACAUCAGAAACAUCGCGUCUGAUCCGAGGCACGGCCAAGAAGAAGAGCGCUUGAGGUCACGCAGCAAACAAGUUCAACGACGUCGAAUAGCAGCGAGUUCCUCGAGGUCGACGGACGACGGAGGAUCUCGUGGAAGAGGCGACGAGCCAUUCCAAAAAUCGUGGCGGGACAACGAGAAGAAAAGACAGAGGAACGGGUCGACGACACACGGCACAAGGACGCUGCUGUUGCCUCUGACACUGCCAGCAAGGUCGUCGUACUUGUUCUGCCCUCCUCGAGAAUUCUCGACCCGUCGAGGAUCCCUCAAGACUGACUCGCAGGAGAAACGUUCGUACGGGUUCGGCCAGCUGACGAAUACGUGUACCACGUUGUUACUACGGUCGUGGAUCGGCUGCGCGGAGAAUCUCGUCGACAGAUAAAAAACGCUACCACCUGAGAGAGGAGAAGAGACGAUGAAGAGAAGAAUUUCAUACAACGAUCCUCCUCCUGCAACAUCCUACUUGUACCACCGCCGCAGCUGUAGAUCCUCCUUUGGACUGCACAGCUUUGGAUGGUCCUUCAGCUUGGUUUUUUUUUUUUUGGAACAGCGUCCUCGCCCGGGGGCUGAUGAAGAUGAAGAGAGAGAAAGAAGAAGAGAGGAAGAGUGCUGCUUUCGUGGGUCUGUUCCCUUCGGUGCUUCCGGUGCUCGAUACCUUGCGAUACAUCGGCCAGUCUCUAGCCUAGAUCUCAGACGAUUCCAAAGUUAUUUAGAGACAAGGUUAGUUUAUUAACGCAGCUAAUGAGAUUGGAUAAGGGUGAAUUGAGGGUGGGCCGUUGAGGCACCAAACGAAUCGAUCGAGGCGUGUACGAAAGCAAGGAACGGAUAAGAAUGGAGAUAAAGAGGGACGAUAGAGAAAAGAAAAAGACUAAGAGAGGCCUAUGAAGAAUUUAAGAAAGAAUAGACGCAAAGGUACGAUCCGUAAAGCAGCACCAGCCACAAGUAACGCAGAGAGUGACACGUUUUGUUCCUGGGGGGAAAACACGAGACACCAUGAAGCAAUGUACGUGAUAGGAAGCUGGCCAUGAAAAAUACACGAUGUAGCAAUUAGAAGCCGACAGAGUUUGCUGCCCGUUUGCUGCCGACCCAAAACGCGAAACCACAGACCAACGGGACGAUAUUUCUCAUCAUCGAGUUUCGUUUCGCUGCGAAAAAGACUUAGUAAAUUAUUUAUUGGCGAUAAUUCGCGAUGGAGCGUGUCUUUGUAGAGAGCGAG